AUGGCCACGUUUGGGCGUCUCCAGACCGCCCCCACACCUCAGGAUCCCCGUCUGCAGCCAUGGGUAGAGAAGUACCGUCCAAAAACCAUUGAUGAGGUCUCAAGCCAAGACAACACUGUUGCCGUUCUGCGCAAGUCUCUGGCGAGCACCAAUCUUCCUCACAUGCUUUUCUAUGGUCCGCCCGGCACCGGCAAGACCUCCACCAUUCUGGCCCUUGCCCGUCAGCUCUUUGGACCUGACCUUUUCCGCUCGCGCGUGCUCGAACUGAAUGCCUCGGACGAGCGUGGCAUCAAGGUGGUGCGCGAAAAGAUCAAGACGUUUGCUCGUGAGACGCCCCGCAACGCCGGUGUCUCAAGCGACGGCAAAACCUAUCCGUGUCCGCCCUACAAGCUCAUCAUCCUGGAUGAGGCCGACUCUAUGACACAGGAUGCGCAGAGCGCGCUCCGUCGUAUUAUGGAGACGUACUCGCGCAUCACACGUUUCUGUCUUGUUUGCAACUAUGUCACUCGCAUCAUCGAACCCCUCGCCUCACGUUGCUCCAAGUUCCGCUUCCGUCCACUGGCGCAGGGUUCUUCGCAGGCGCGCAUCCAGAUGAUUGCCGACAGUGAAGGUGUACAGGCCGAUCCCGGAGUUCUGGACCUCAUCCUCCAGUUGGCCAAUGGUGAUCUGCGCAAGGCCAUCACCUAUCUGCAGACUGCACAGCGUCUCCACACGGCGGGAGAUUCACCUACUCCCAUCUCAGUCAUGUCUAUCCAUGAAAUCUCUGGUGUCGUCCCCACCAACGUCGUUGAUGGCCUUUUGCGGUCACUGGGUGUGGAGCCCGGGGGGGGCAUCAACACUGCCCUGGCCACGGGCUUUGAUGGGGUGCGUGCCGAGGUGCGCCGUGUUGGCCGUGAAGGUUGGUCCGCGGGCCAGGUCCUUGAGCAGCUGCACGAUGCGCUCCUGCCUCUUGCGACAAUUCCCACGAUCCCCAAGGCCAAUGCCGCGAUUGCGAUUGCCGAAUGUGACAAGGCCUUGUGUGAAGGCGGUGACGAAGAGCUUCAGCUGCUCGAGUGCUGCUUGAGGAUUAAGGAAGCCCUUGGAAAGGCCUAA